UUUAUUGUUGUUAUUAUCUCCGAAGCGUUUUGUUAACUUUUUCCGCUUAUGCAUUAAUAACGCGAGUGUUGCAAUAAUUUCCAAAUGCUUUUACAUAAUUAACUGAGCAAAUGCGGUAAAAUGUAGUCAUUUUCUCAUCAAGUGCGUGCGAAUUUGCAAAGCGUAUGGCAAAAAUUAAGCAAAACGACGAAGACACCACCCACAAAACAUACAAAUUUAACAUUUGCGUUUUAUUUCUUCGGUCAAUCAGUUCCUAUUAGCGCAAUUGGCGUGUCGUUAGACUAAAGUUGCGUAAAUAGCACACUGAUUGUGCGUUAUUUGUGGAGCCGCAAUUAACUAAACAUUACGUGCACUGACGGAAAACCCACCGACGAUCGAACGGCCGACCAGACAAUAAUAAAAACAACAAUAGGAACAGAUACAAAGCAUUUGGCGCUUGGCCAUGUCAUGUGGCGAGAAUUGCGACAGCUGCCACACAAAAGACGUUAAUAACGACGUUCACGGCUGAGGGUAAGCCAACAGAAACGACAAGCACCACAUUAGAAGUCUUUCCAUACUUGUUAAACGUUUCAACCUUCGCCAACCCACUGGCUAAAAUGGGCGGCGUUCAGCCCUCUUAUAUUGCCGCCUGCAUUAGUCAUAGAAACGUGGAAUGAAAAUGAGGACUACUGCGAAUUUAGCCAACAGUUCAAUUGAGGCAACGAUGAGGCGACGAAUUGCACAACAAAGCCGAGCAACAAUAUUGAAACUGGCAAUAUAACUUAAAGCGUUGGUUGCCUCAUAGAUGGUAUUUCUAGGACGGCUGCAAUGAAAUUUGCAGUCUAAACGUCAAGCGACACAAGACCAAGGCAACCUGCAGUCAAUAUCAAUAUGUUCAAGAUUCGACAACGCAAUUGCAUGCUAAUUGCCACGGUGCUAAUACUGGUGCCAUGCAUUGUGAUAUUGAUGGUAUUGGGCCCAGAACUAUCCACCGAACAGUCGCUGACGCAACGCCUGGCCGAGUGUCACAUGCGAUUGCAGUACCUCGAAUCCAUGUAUCGUGCACGCCAGGAGGAUGUCUCACUGCUGUCACAGUACUUGGGUCAGCUGCAGUACAACAAUGGGAGCAAUGUGACAAAUGUUAGUCCACCGCCACAGCCGGUGGCCAAUUUGCUGGACGCGCUUAGUCCAGAGGCACGUCAAUUGCUGCGCAAUGCAUCACAUGUGUCGAGAUCGGGCGCCGCUGGUUCGUCCCGUGGCUAUGUGCCCGUGCAAAAUAUACGUCUGCCAAAUGCCUAUCACUUUCUGCCACAUCUACUGGACGAUGCCGGCUCCUUGCGUCCGGCCUAUUUGCUGAGCAAAGGACGCACAGAUGUUAGCAUUGUGCUGGGCGUGCCCACCGUACGACGCGAGAAGCAGUCGUAUCUGCUCGCCACGCUGCACAAUCUAAUUGAGAACAUGAACGAUGAGGAGCAGAAUGAGACGCUUAUCAUUGUUUACAUUGGCGAAACGGAUUUGGAUGCUGUCCAGCUGAUAGCCAAGCAAAUUGAGACAAGCUUUGAGGCGCAUGUGGAGAGCGGACUAAUAGACAUAAUAGCGCCAGCGCCUAGCUACUAUCCAAACUUUGAGCGAUUGCGCAUCACAUUAAACGAUCCAUUGGAGCGCGUGAAAUGGCGAAGCAAGCAGAAUCUGGAUUUUGCCUAUCUUAUGGCCUAUGCGCACUCAAAGGGCACUUUCUAUGUACAGCUGGAAGAUGAUAUAUUAACUAAGCGACAGUUUAUAACCACCAUGAAGAAAUUUGCACUUAUCAAGAGCGCUCUGACAAAGCCAGAUCAGCCUGCCUGGUUUGUUUUAGACUUUUGUCAACUUGGCUUUAUUGGCAAAAUGUUUAAAAGCGCUGAGCUGCCCUACCUAAUUACAUACUUUCAAAUGUUCUAUAAUGAUAAGCCUGUCGACUGGCUGCUUACCUAUUUCAUUGAGUCAAAAGUAUGUCGUACGGACAAGGAUCAGAAGCAUUGCAAUUUGGAGAAGGCCAAAUAUUGGCAGCACUUUCGUAAAUCCCUUUUCCAGCACAUCGGGACUAGUUCCUCGCUCAAGGGCAAAGUACAAAAGCUUAAGGACAAACAAUUUGGCAGCAAGGUUCCAACUUACUAUGCACACAUGAAUAAUCCUCCAGCUGUGGUCAAGUCGAAUAUAGCGCCAUAUAAAAACUAUUUGCUAAAGCGCGCCUAUCGCGGCGAAACAUAUUUUUGGGGUCUAUUGCCACAGCCUGGUGACUUGGUGCAGUUCACCUUUGAGCAGCCAACAAUGCUACGGCGCUAUUUAUUUCGCAGUGGCAACUCGGAGCAUCCUUCGGAUCGAUUCUACAACACCACCGUGGAGCUGCUCCCGGCCGAUAGUCUAAGCGAGAAUUCAUCUGUUUGGAGUACGUACAAUACAACAACGGAUGGCUAUCUGGUGGUAGGUGCAUUUGAUGGCCUAGGCGUCGCCGAGGGCCUGCUCGAUCCCAAGAUUGGUGCCAUUAAGGAGCUGCGUCUUCACGUGCACAGCGACAGUGAGAACUGGGCGCUGCUUAGUGAAAUUGAGCUUCAAGAGAUGGACAACAGCGCCAGCAACGCGGAAGCAAAUGCUGCCAAGCCGCGCUUUAUCGCAGUCAGCUGAUUGCUGCAUCGCCAUCGGCAGCAACCGGAUGAUUAUAGUGGAGAUCUACCCAAACAUUGAUGUUUUCCCAAUCUAUUCAUCUAUAUGUCUCUGUGUGUAUAUGUUUGUAUAUUUUUUCUGAGCGCUACUUUUAAAGCCUAUCGUCUAAAUGUGUAAAUAACUAACCUCAAGGUAUAAUUAUAAAGUUUAACUGUAACUAUUUAUAAUUGUGAAAGCACAGUUUACACGUGUAUCAGAUGUUUGCUUAAAUAUUUGUACAACAUUUAAAUUCAUUGUGCUGAAACAAACAACUCAAUAUAAUUCAAAAUUUGAAGAAACGUACAUUAUUUUUGCUAAUAUCUGUCACGUGAGAAUCGAAUUGUAACUAAUACUAUAUUUAUACGUGCACGAUUAUCGUGUCGAAUCGAAUAUUGAAUACUGAAGUCUACUUAUGAAUGAAUUGAACACACAACUUGUAAAAUCCAUAAACUGUCAUGCAUAAAUGCCUUUUAUACAGGGUAUAUAAGUAGCAUCAAGUUCAUCUACAUUUGAACAGCCAUAUUUAUAAAAAACCAACCUGAUCGUGAUCAUGUGAACUUGCUACAAUUCGUGCGGACUUUCAUUCUAUUCCCGCAUUAUCCAUAUAGAUCCAAGAUCCAAGUGCCCUCCAUUUGUUCAUUGUGUUAUAUACAUUUUGUACAAGAAAUAUGUUUAUGAAUAGUUGUGCUAUGUAACUGAGCGCGCUCUGAAAUCAUUCUCUUUAUUGAACAUUGUUUUAUUUUGUUAUUUACUGUGCAUUUCUAAGUAUUUAAUUUAAGUGUUAUCCUCAUCAAUUGGCCACUUUCUCGAAUUAAAACAUUCCAGUCACUUUUGCUGCUAUUUUUGUUGCUGAAUUUUAACCACAUAAUUUAUUAAUACGAAUCUCGAAACAAAUCCAGUUCUCAAUGGAACAGAAAUUGUCAAUCAAAUAUAUUUAUUUAUUGUUUAAUUCUGAUGUUCAAUACACAUUUCAUUGUUUAUUUAUUAUUUAUUUUUUUAGCUACAGUUACAUACGUAUUGCAGCAUCUAAACAAAAGCCAUAACAGCCGAAUAAGUGUGUAAUAAUAAUAAAUAAUCUUCAAGCAUAUUCAACAAGAAA